AACUGACGGGGAAGAGAUUUGAAAACGAUGAUUAUCCUGUUGAGCGUGGACAUUGCAAAAUCUCAAGCGAAUUAAUAUAGCUGAGACAUAUUAUCAAUCAAUCAAUCGAGAGUUUAUUAAUUAUAUAGCACCUUUAUACUGCUUCUGAGUCCGAACAAAAACCGAAACAUCAUUGCACUCAUUUUCAGUAGACAUCUGUACGCGCUGUGGCUGGGGGGGUUAGACAGACUGUCUCGUCAGGUGACAAACCAUAUCAACAGAACACUCUGCUGCUUUCCGCUUCCUGUUUCCAACCCUUUCCUUGCUGUCUGAUCCCGAGAGCAGCGACAGCAGGCUGUCCUGUUACUGCUAUUUAUGUUAAAACACCAAGGUGCACAACAGUCAGAAUUUGUUGUUAUGAAUUUAAACAACGCGACGCCUGCUUCCAAAUGUGUGGGGAUUAGACCCUCGCUCAGGUUCAACCUGUCGCGCUUAUAGAUUUGUACAUAGUUAUACUGUAGAUUUUUUCAGGUGGACUGCUGGAGUCUGUGACGCCGCUUCUCCCUUUGCGACAAAAUGUCCAUUUCAGCGGAUGGUGCUGGUACCGUCGUAGUGAAAAAAAAACAAGUCCGUUUUGCUGCAACGGAAGAGGUCGAUGAAGAUGAGGAGCAGGAAGAAGACACGCUGUUUGAUAUGAGGAAAGAAAGCAAGAGGAGCCUGAAGGGAUUUCUCAAGGAAGUCCGAAGGGCUGACCAUCCCGACUCAGACCAAGUGGCAAUCAUCCGAAGGAACAGAUCCAGCCGUGCUGCCGGGCCAAGUCGAUGGUGGACAUCGAUCACUUUGUGUGCCUCGUUUCUGGGGCUGGGGAUGAGCAUUGCUGUGUUGGGCCCCACAUUUGAAGACCUGGCGGUCAAUGUCAAGCAGAACAUCAGCAACAUUUCCUACAUCUUUGUGGGCCGGUCCAUGGGGUACAUCGGGGGCUCUGUGGCGGGAGGGAUUCUGUUCGACUGCAUGAACCAACACCUCCUGCUGGGAUUCUUAUUGCUGAUCACAUCUUUUGGAUUGUUUGCCAUUCCCUUUUGCAAAACAGCACUGCUGCUGACAGGCUUCAUGUCCCUCAUCGGGGUGUCAAUGGGGUUUCUAGAUACAGGUGGCAACGUCCUCACUCUUAACACAUGGGGUGACAAGGCAGGACCGCACAUGCAGGCCUUACACUUCAGCUUUGCAGUGGGUGCCUUUGUGUCACCAGUCGUCGCCAGGUUCAUGCCUGUGAAAUUGCCCUUCCUCGGUGCCCACGUUGAAUCAGACAAAAACGUCAGCGAGGAAGCCAGGGGCAUAUUGAAAACGAAUAUGUACACCAACGUCAGCAGUCAAUUCUCUCAAGCCCUGAACAUCACCCAUGAAAAGAGCGCCUCCAUGAAGUCCAUGUGGGCCUACGUUGUGAUCGGCUCCUUCCUGCUGCUGACCUCGCUCAUUUUCUUCAUUCUCUACUCCCGGAGCAGUUCCUCUCCUGCAAGAGCCAAGGCCUCUGAGGAAACACAGCUGGUGGCUAGGUAUCACAACGCCCUCAUCCUGCUGCUCUUCUGCUUCUUCUUCUUCUACGUGGGAGCUGAGGUAGCUUACGGCUCCUUCAUCUUUACCUACGCGAAGGACUUUGUGGGGGUGGAUGAGAACCAGGCUGCUGGCCUCAACACCCUGUUCUGGGGCAGUUUUGCAGCUGUCCGCGGCCUGGCUAUCAUUUUUGCAACUUGCCUUAAGCCUGGCACCAUGAUAAUGCUAGACCUGGUGGGUUGCACGGUCUCCUCUCUUUUCCUCACCCUCUUCUGCCGAAACAGUAUUUCCCUGUGGGCUGGCACGGCUGUCUAUGGGGCUUCCAUGGCUACCACCUUCCCCAGCGGGAUCUCCUGGCUGGAGCAGUACACCAAGAUAACUGGACGUUCAGCAGCAGUCUUUGUGGUGGGUGCAGCCCUAGGAGAGAUGGUGAUCCCUUCGCUUGUGGGUUUCCUGAUGGGGGAGAUACAGGACAACCCGGUGCUGAUGUACACCGCGCUGGGGACCUCCACCGUAUCCGCCAUCCUCUUCCCAGUUAUGUACAAGUUGGCGUCCGGCCAUGGCUCAGACGGCGGGAAGCUGAGUGAAGGAAGCUACUCUGGGGAAGACAGCGAGGACCGCAAGGCCUUGUUGUCGCCCGAUUCUUGUCUCAACGGGGAAGAGGAAGAUGAGGCUGAGCAGUGGAAUGAUGCCGAUUUUGAAGUGAUUGAGAUGAAUGACAGCAGCCUGAUUAGCUGUCCAAACGAGAAUGCCCCACCUCCUCCUGACGCUGCAGUUGCUGCCAAAACCAUCAUUGCUGCUGUCGUCACAGAUCUCUCCUCAAAAGCCACAGAGAACAUCACCCCCUCUCACUCUCCAGUCUUUCUCGGGGGCAUGUCUACAAAAAAGACUGCUGCUUAGCCUCACUAGACAGAAGAAUAACUUGAGUGUUUGUAGUUUGACAUACGAAUACAAGCCUCUUUUACGGAGCUGAGGGCAAAACAAGUGUUUGUGUGUUGUUGUUUAGGAACACUUCUACCUUACUGAACAGCAGGGUAUGCUGCCCUUGGUACGGCUCAAACUCACUCUUCUCAUCGUGCAUGCGCUGCACAUUUAGAAAACCUGUGUAGUGUGAGGUGGGUAAAACACAGCCUUUUUCGUAUGUUUUUGCCAUGUGAGCCGUGUGGUUAAAGCCACUUGCAGGAUCCAACUGAUUGAAAAAUAAUUACAUAAAAGCAAAACAGAGGAUAAAGAAUUCUAUUCAAAAUAUUUAAAUUAUUAUUAAUAAAUAACACCAUGACUUUGGUUAGAUCAGAUGGUAUACAAGGAUGCCUUUUUUUUUUUUUUGUAAGUGUAAACAGCCCUGGGCUGAAGUGUGGCUACAUUUAACAAAUCGAUAGUAAGCAGGGGUGAAAUUCUGAACAUACAAGCGCAGCUGGGUGGAGCAGACUGGUGGUUUUUUUUUUUUUCUGUACACGUAAACAUUUAAAAAGAAAUAAAACAAUUUGCGUGACAGUGAAUACAUA